AUGGGAGAAGAAAUAUUUAGCUUGGAAAGUUUACUAGAGAAAAAUUUACAAGGUCGUGAUUUGGAUGAAGCUAAGCGCAUACUUUAUGGAUCAGGAUUCAGUGCUUUAACGCUACCCGAGACAGCGUCUCGAGAAGCAACAGAUCUAGAUUUCGAGCUGAAAGGAUAUAAAAUCUCUGCUCAAGCUGAAGAAACACGACCGCCUAGAAUAGUGCGAAUUGGUCUGGUACAGAAUAAAAUUCACUUGCCUACGACAGCAUCCAUUGUUGAGCAGCGCGAGGCAUUACAUCAAAGAAUUAGUCAAAUUACGAAAGUAGCAGCAGAUUGUGGGGUCAAUGUUAUAUGUUACCAAGAAGCAUGGAAUAUGCCUUUUGCUUUUUGUACACGUGAAAAGCAUCCUUGGUGUCAAUUUGCAGAAUCUGCUGAAGAUGGACCAUCGGCAAAAUUGUGUUGUCAGUUGGCCGAACGAUACAAUAUGGUCAUCCUGUCGCCUAUUUUAGAAAGAGAUUCUUUGCAUGGCGAUACAAUCUUUAAUACAACAACCGUCAUUUCAAAUCACGGCAAGGUUAUUGGAAAAACACGAAAAAAUCAUAUACCUCGCGUUGGCGCCUUUAAUGAGUCAACUUAUUACAUGGAGGGUGAUACUGGUCAUCGGGUGUUCGAAACAGAUUUUGGAAAGAUUGCUAUCAAUAUCUGCUAUGGUCGUCAUCAUCCCCUUAAUUGGCUAAUGUAUGGAGUAAAUGGAGCAGAAAUAGUCUUUAAUCCAUCUGCCACCGUAGGAGCUUUAAGCGAGCCUAUGUGGUCAAUUGAGGCGAGAAAUGCUGCCAUUGCGAAUACGUACUUCACAGCGGGGAUUAACCGCGUAGGAACGGAAUCAUAUCCUAACGAAUUUACUGAUGGUGAUGGAAAGCCAGCUCAUCACGAUUUUGGACAUUUUUACGGUUCCAGUUAUGUAGCUGCUCCAAAUGGUGGUAGAACUCCGGGUUUAAGCCGCGUUAACGAAGGUUUGCUGGUUGUAGAGUUGGAUUUGAAUUUGAUUCGCCAAAUUAAAGAUAAAUGGGGAUUUCAGAUGACUGCUCGAUUAGAUAUGUAUGCUAAAGAAUUAGCUAACGCCGUAUCAUCUGACUUUAAGCCUUCAAUCAUUAAAGGUUAA